AUGGCUUUUGAAAUUCAAGAUGCGGUCCCUGCGGACGCAGCGGAACUCACACAAACUUUCUUCGCCACAUUCGGCGGAGACUUCAAUCGCACCAUGUUCCCGCAGACACCCGAUGUGACCACAUGGUGGGAACAAAACUUCAAAGACCUCGCUCGUCGCACGCUGGCAAAAGAGGGAGAUGAAGUUUUACUCAAAGUAACAGACGAAACGGGUGCGAUUGCCGGAUUCGCAAAAUGGAAGCGACCUGUGGGUGCAGAUCGGGAUCUGCACGAAGACGAACCAGUGGCUUGGGCGCCGAGUUGCGACAAGGACCUAUGUGAGCGAUUCUUCUCUGGCAUGGACGCACAGCACCAAAAGUGGAUGGAGGAUAGGCCUCACUAUUACUUGGAUAUGCUGGGAGUCCACCCUUCCCAGCAAGGCCGGGGCCUUGCAUCGAAGCUCCUCAAAUGGGGUCUCACUCGUGCCGACGAAGAGGGUGUGGAGGCAUACCUGUCUGCAUCACCAGAGGGAAAACCCAUGUAUGAGAAAUACGGAUUCAAAACCCUUGAAUCAUUCUCGCCCUUCGCUGGCUACGUGCAAGAAGCAAUGAUGCGACCAGCGACUACUCAUUGA